AUGGAGGGUGUGGCUGCCUUCUCUUUGGCAUGUAAUGUUAUACAAAUUGCCGAACUCUCUCGAAAGAUCAUCGCAACCGCAAAGGAGAUCCAAACUUCUCGCAGCGGCUUACCGAAAGACCACGAAGAUCUACGUACAGCCGUGGAGAUCCUACGUCGAGAUGUUGCGGACCUGCAGCAAAAUCACAACGGCGAUAUUAUCCAGAGUCUCGCUGUUCAAAGCGAGGUCGCUAUAAACGAGCACAUAGCUCUCUUGGAUUCGCUUCGACUGAAGGGUCCCCGUACCUUCCUUCAUGCCUCGGCUGCAGCAUUCAAAGCACGGCGCAAGCAGCGCCAGCUGUACGAGUCUCAGGCGAAGGUUGACCGACUAUCAGAAGAGCUCAAGGCGCACAUUAUCAUGACCCACAUCCCGAACAUAGAUCGCAAUGUGGACCACCUUGGCGAUAAGAUAGCGUCACACAAUUUCUCCAUCGACCAUGACAUGAAGAUCAUCGAGCAGCACCUGAGUAGGGUUCGCAAAGUAACUGAAAACAACUCGAACACCGCGAACACUACAGCAGAGCUCGUGGUAGAGUUACAGCGAUGGCUCAAAGAUCAACAAGAUUCCCAGGCGAAUAGGCAAUGUCUACACGCACUCUAUUCCUCAGAACUCAGGAGUAGAGCCGAUCAAGUAAAGCGAGCGCAUAAAGACACGUUUAGUUGGAUCUUCGAUGGGGCUGGAGACCUGUUUGGAUCUGUUCACAAAAACAAGUUCAAGAACUGGUUACGGCUGGACGAUGCUAACAGAAACGUGUUCUGGGUGUACGGAAAACCUGGUGCGGGGAAAAGUACUUUGAUUAAGGACGUCUUGUGGAACGGCUGCCAGAAUCUUUUCAACUUGGCGCCUAGCUUCAACAUAUUUAUGUUGUUCAUCAUCGAUGGCCUCGACGAAUUUGACGACCGUGCAGAGAUACGUAAAAAUUCGGCGCCAGAUGUACAAGACUUACUACGUCUGCUUCGCGCUAUGCAGGCAAGUCCUUCAGCAAAGCUUUGCGUGGCUAGUCGACCCCUAAAUGAGUUUGAGAUACAUUUGGGAAAGGAUAGAGACUUCUGCAUACCCAUACACGACUUGACCUCAGAGGACAUCAAAACAUAUACCGAAGACACGCUGAGCGAACACCCUGCGUUUGCGCAACUCGUAUCACAGGAUUCUGGCUAUGCAACUCUCAUUGCCAAUAUCACCUCCGCUGCGGAAGGAGUCUUCCUUUGGUGCUUUGCGAGCGAUGCGUUCCAUGGAUCCCAGCACGAGAUCGAGAUGUCAAAGCUGAGCCACGAACGUGUCAGACUAGCACACAGAUCUAUGGCAGAACUCCUUGACAGAAAUGAUAUGAGACACCAGAUCAUGACCGAAGCCGGUAUGGCAUUCGAAAUGCCUGAGCUUUGUGCCCAAGCAUCGAUCGCCGCUCUCAAGGCAGAGGCAUCUAUCGCAUGGACGCUUGGUUCGAUUCAAGAUAUCGGCAUUCACUUCGGGAAGCAAGGUCCAAUGGAUGUGAAACACAAGCUCUGCACUUUACUGCAAUAUUUAGUGCCAAUUGUGGAACAGACAGAGGAAGAGCAGAUGAAAGCACACUGGUCCAAACUUGACGAUUUCCUUAAUUUGCCACUCACACAGGAGAUGAAUCUCAAGGCUAUCAUCAUGGGAUUUGUCUCUAAAGAGUUUAAUCCCGACAUUUUCGCCGUGGCCAUCGCCUAUUCCGCAUCCAAGUAUGUGAAGCACCAGAUGGUGUAA